CGAUGUGCUGGGUAAAAACCUGCCAUUCAGUGCUGCCAUUGACGUUUCAAUAAUGAAAUAAUGAAUGAAAUAAUAAAAUUGUGAUAAAACCACAUUGUGAUAACGUUAAAUGUGUAUGUGAUGCAUCGAAUUCGUGCCAAAUCCUUUGAAAUUGUCUAAAACAACCGACUGACAGCUCAUCGAAAUCGCAGCUAACCAUGAUAUGACGUUAGUGUCAAACCGAAAAAAGCAUCAUUUUCAUAAUUACUACUUUACUUUGAAUUUUCUUGGUUAUCACUUAUCAGUGGGAUAGGUCUAUCUUCGUAUUGGGUCCGUAAUGCCCGAAAGCGCAGAUUUUCGCCAUGGACAUAGUCGAGAGCGUGUCAAAACGGACGUUUAGUGGCUCGAGUGGUACUUACAAUGUCCAAGCCUUAGAACUGGCAGCGGCACGCGAAAGGAGCAAACUGAAGGGCUUUAACAUCACCGUGCGUUUUCUCGACGACACUGAGCAUGAGUUUCAUGUGGGGAAACGGUGCAAAGGCAGCGUCAUCAUGGACCAAGUCUACCAGCACCUGGAGCUCGUCGAGAAGGACUACUUCGGACUCCAGUACUCGGAAAAUGGGUGUGCACCCAAUGUCAACAAACCUGAACUCAUGCGUUGGUUAGAUCCGUCCAAACCCAUCAAAAAGCAGCUCAACCACUGCCAAUACCCGUUGUAUUUUAGAGUUAAGUUUUACGUCUCCGAUCCAAGUAAGUUGCAAGAGGAGUAUACCAGAUACCAGUUUUGCCUACAAAUCCGUCGAGAUAUCCUAGAAGGGAGGCUUGUUUUAGCCCCCAGCACUGCCAUUCUCCUAGCCAGUUAUACAGUUCAAGCCGAGUUAGGGGAUUAUCAACCUGAGGAACAUGGGCCCAAUUAUCUAUCCACUAUGCAACUCAUACCAGGACAAUGCGAGGAAAUGGAGAGGAAAAUUGCCGAAUUACAUAAAUUACACAAAGGACAAUCGCCAGCCCAGGCCGAGUUCAACUUCCUCGACCACGCAAAACGAAUUGAAAUGUACGGUGUUGAACUCCACAAAACUCGCGACAACACGAACCGUGAAAUUCAAUUAGGAGUCACCCAUAUGGGUCUUGUCGUCUUUCAAAACAAUAUCAAAAUCAACACGUUUUCCUGGUCGAAAAUUAUGAAAAUUUCAUUUAAACGUAAACAGUUUUUCAUCCAGUUGAUCCGCGAGUUGUCUGAAGAUUAUGACACUUUGCUCGGAUUCAACAUGGAGUCUUAUCGCUCCUCGAAAACUCUGUGGAAAGCCUGCGUUGAACAUCACACUUUUUUCCGAUUGGAUUCACCAAAAGUGAAACGAAAAUUCCCGUUUUCACUGGGCUCGAAAUUCACUUAUUCCGGGCGCACUGAAUUUCAGACUGUUGCUGACGUGAAAAGGAGAGGAAAACUUGAGCGGAAAUUUGUUCGAUCUCCGAGUAAACAACUGGUUCGUCCGGUGCCACCAGUCGAGGAAAAGGGCAAAGGAUUACUAGCCCCCGGCCGCCCUCCGAGGCCCUACGACAACAAAGUCACUUCUUUGGGGGCCAAAGAACCGCGAAAAGCGUGGGCGGACGAUUCGCAAUUGUCUGAUGACGAUGGUGGAUUUCUGGAACGUACUCUAGAAGGACCAUUUUCGCCUGGUCGUGUCUUAAGUUACGUCGAUGAGGAGAUUCCAUCGCCUACUUCGAACGGUUUGUAUGACACUCCUCCCUACAGCGCCAGUCAUUCGCCCACGUCACAAAUCACCGAUGAAACUCUUGUAACCAUCACAUUACAUCCCGAGGACGGAAAAUACGGUUUUAAUGUCAAGGGAGGUACGAGUCGAGAUGUUCCGAUUCUGGUAUCCAGAGUCGCACCAAAUACACCAGCCGAUAAGUGUACCCCUCGUUUAUCCGAAGGAGACCAAGUGAUUCAGAUAAAUGGGGUCGACGUUUCGCAUGCAUUACAUGAAGAUGUUGUUAUGCUAAUACACAAGGCGAGGAGCACCAAUGAUGGAAAGUUGGUAUUAGUGGUCAAACCCAACGUUCUUUAUGCCGGAAUGGAGGAGUUCGAGGAGCCCCCAUACCAAUACGUCCCAGUGGGUGAAUUACAGCGCCCCCCAUCGCCUGAAAACGCCCUCGAACAAAGCAUGCUCUUAUUGGCUGAUGGUCUAGCAAGUGGUGCUCUCAUUGCUCGAUAUGAAAUGCUAUACCGGAAACAUCCCGAUUUAACAUGCGAUGUCUCUCUUGAACCGAAAAAUAUCAACAAGAAUCGUUACAGGGAUAUUUCGCCUUAUGAUUCGACUCGUGUGAUAUUGAAAAAUGCACCCAGUGGUGAUUAUAUCAAUGCCAACUACGUCAAUAUGAAAAUAAACGGUACUGAUAUAGUCAAUAAAUAUAUAGCGACUCAAGGACCACUGCAAUCGACCUGUGAGGACUUCUGGCAGAUGAUUUUGGAAGAAAAAUGUAACUUAAUUGUGAUGUUGACGACAUUAGUUGAACGGGGACGAGCCAAAUGUCAUAAAUAUUGGCCAAAUGUAGGCGAAUGUUUAACGAUGCAAAAUGUGAUAAUUAAAUGCUUGGAUGAAACCACGGACGAGUCCGGAAGCUUUAUUUUCAGAGAUUUUAGUCUAACUGACGUUAAAAACAACACUGAGUGGAGCUUGAAACACAUCCAAUACGUGGCGUGGCCGGACCACGGGGUCCCUGAUUCUCCCGCUCUCUUUCUAAGUUUCACUGAAAAAGUCCGAGAGGCGAGAAAAGGCGACGACGCCCCCGUGGUGGUCCAUUGCAGUGCGGGGAUUGGUCGCACAGGAGUUCUAGUUCUGAUGGAGACGGCUUUGUGCUUAAUUGAGGCCGGGGAGCCGGUGUACCCCCUCGAAAUCGUCAAAACGAUGAGAGAGCAACGAGCAAUGAUGAUACAAAAUGCUAGUCAGUAUCGAUUCGUUUGCGAAAGCGUCCACACGGCGUACUUGCAAACAAUCGAUGACACGCAAGAAGCGAAGCUUUUCAGAUGAGGUUUUUUCGUGUAGGACAGCCAGGGUGUUCAACUAAUCCGUCGUGAAGUCUUGUGAUUUUUUUUUCAUAGCCGGCGGUGCCUUCAGGCAAUUAACGAUACUCACAUCACGAUUUAUUUGAAUCGUUUUUGUUUUUAUUUUCAUUCGCUGCAAUAGUUUUGAUUUUUCCUUGUUUUUUGGGGGAUUGUUAGUGCUUGUGGUUAUUAGGCAGUUAUUAAUCGUACUAAGAUGAAGACAUUAAAGGCUGAUUUUUUCUAUGUAUAUUAAUAUUGUGGAAAUUAGACUGUCCUGUAUUAGACGAAUUGUAAAGGAUAGAAAAAUUUUUGAAGAGUGUUCGUGUUCAUCACUUUAAAAAACUGUGUUUGUUUUCUUUAACAAGUAACGAAAUUUUUAUAAAAAAAGUACAAAAAACAUUUGUAUUUAUUUUCAUGUAGGUUUUUUUAUUUUAUCAAUUAUUACAAAAGGAUUCCUUAUAUUUAAUCUAUAGACAUAAUGUAAUUAUGUAAUUUUUAAAAAUUUACAAAAAUUAAUAUAUUUGUCAAUUUAA